AUGCGCUUCGGCAAGACUCUCCGCGAGUCCAUCAACGGGCCAUGGAAGGACAAGUACAUUGACUACAACAAGCUCAAAACCCUCCUCCGCGAGGACAAGUUUGAUGACGACAACGAGGUCUGGACUGAGGACGACGAGAACCGCUUCUGCGAGGAAAUCUUCAACGUCCAGCUGGAAAAGGUUGCCAAGUUCCAGGAACAACAGGUUUCCCUCCUCAAGGACCGCUCCGACGCAGCCUUUGCCGAGCUGAAGAAGCUCGCGCCGCCCGCACCUGCAGACGGCGCCGAGGCCCCGGCCGUCGACGAUGCGGCCAAGGCUAGGUUCAAGGAGCUCGAGACGGAGCUCGACAGCAUCAUGAACGAGGUCAAGGAGCUCAAGCGCUACAGCUCCAUCAACUAUACCGGCUUCCUCAAGAUCGUCAAGAAGCACGACCGCAAGCGUGGUAACCGCUACAAGGUCCGCCCCAUGAUGCAGCACAGCCUCGCCCAGCGCCCCUUCAACUCGGAGCAAGGCUACUCGGCCCUCCUCAACAAGCUUUCCAUCAUGUACUAUGCCAUCCGCCAACAGCUCGAGCACGACCCUACCCUGCCCAUCGACCUCGAGACCCAGGGCGAGACUCUCAAUGGCGAGCGCUACACAGCUCAUAAAUUCUGGAUUCACCCCGACAACCUCCUCGAGGUCCGCACUCUCAUCCUCCGCCAUCUCCCCUCUCUCAUCUACAGCCAGCAAACGUCCAAGGACUUUGACGGCAGCGAAUCUCCCACCGUCACCUCCCUCUACUUCGACAACAAGACGUUCGAGCUCUACAACAAGAAAGUCGAUAGCAGCAAGGGCGGCGAGUCGCUUCGUUUGCGUUGGUACGGGCAGCUUAGCACCAAGCCUGACAUCUUUGUCGAGCAAAAGGUCGCCGACAGCACUGGCGAGAGCCGCGAGUCCAAGUUCACCAUCAAGGACAAGUACGUCACGCCCUUCCUUGCUGGCGAAUACAGCAUGGAAAAGACGGCGGCCAAGAUGGAGCGUCAAGGCCAGUCCGCCGAGGCUGUUGCCGAGUACAAGAAGACGGUCGACAACAUCCAAAGCUUCCAGCAGAAGCAGAAGCUGGCGCCGGUCCUGCGCGCCAACUACAUGCGUACCGCUUUUCAGAAGCCCGCCGAUGACCGCAUCCGAAUCUCCAUCGAUACCGACCUCGCCUUCAUCCGCGAAGAUACCCUUGAUGCUGAGCGCCCCUGCCGCAAUCCCGACGUCUGGCACCGCACCGACAUUGACGACAGCAACAUGACGUAUCCCUUCCGCAACAUCAACCAGAGCGAAGUCUCCAAGUUUCCCUAUACUGUCCUGGAGAUCAAGCUCCGCGAGGACGCAAACCGCAAGCGCCCCGCUUGGGUAGAGGACUUGCUCGCCUCCCACCUCAUCCACGCGGUGCCGCGCUUCUCCAAGUUUGUGCACGGCGUGGCCUCCCUGUUCGAAGACCACGUCAAUGCCCUGCCCUUCUGGCUCAGCGACCUGGAGACGGACAUCCGCAAGGACCCGCAGCUUGCCUUCGAGGCCGAGGAGCAGCGCCGCGCCCAGCGUGCCGACGAUGCCCUGGCCGUCGGCAGCCUCAUCGGCACCCUCCCCUCCUCCUACAAGGCAGCCAAGAGCUCGUCUGUCGGCAAGUCAUAUCUCGCCGACCGCAUGGCGGCCGAGUCGCGCGACCAGCGGCGCAGGUCGGUCAACCAGCGCGGCAGCAUCGCCGCCCAACCCGAGGAGGAGGGCGAGGGGAGCGGCUCCGGGCAGCAGAACGGCCACGGCAACGGCGGCUACGGCACCCUCUCCUCCGUCCUCCCCGGCCUCUCCCUGUCCAAGUACGCCAAGGCGAAGCGCGCCCAACGCUCGCAGCUCCCCGAGGGCGUGGUCGAGCCCACCGAGUGGAUCAAGAACGCAGGCGAGCUCAAGGUCGAGCCCAAGGUGUGGCUGGCCAACGAGCGCACGUUCCUCAAGUGGCAGCACAUAUGCAUCCUGCAGGGUGCGCUGGCGCUGGCGCUGUACACGGCGGCGGGCGAGAACACGACGGCGGCCGCGUUUGGCGUCGUGUAUACGGGCAUCGCCAUCUUUGCCGGCGUGUGGGGGUACAUCAUGCUGCGCGUGCGGCGAAACAUGAUUAUCGAGCGCAGCGGCAAGGACUUUGACAACAUGGUUGGGCCGAUCAUCAUUAGCGUGGCGCUGAUGGUGGCUUUGAUCACCAACUUUGUGAUCCAGUACCGCAAAGCGUUUGACAAGAUGCGUCAUGACCAUCCUGAUACAGGCGUACUCGAAUAUUCUGCCACCAGCGACGAGCUUCGCUAA